AAAGACAUAAAGAAAGCCACUUUGGUUACGAUUUCAAACAUCACUGUAGGCUUUUACUUACAAACUCAGUUAGUUCUUGAGGCAAAUUUGGUUCCAAAGUUGGUCCAUCUGGCUCAAAAUACUGAACUGGACUUUAAGAACGACGUUAUAUGGGCAAUUUCAAAUGUGACCUUAGCUGCUUCUCAUGAUCAAAUCAAAUACUUGGUGGAGCAGGGUUGCAUAAAACCUUUAUGUGAUGUCCUAGUAUGUCCAGACGUAUGGAUCAUCUCAGCGUGUUUAGAUGGAUUGGAAAGGAUUUUGGUAGCUGGAGAGGUGGAGAAGAACACCACCGGAGGCGUGAACUUAUACUCUCAGCUGAUUGGAGAUGCAGAAGGGAAAGAAAAGAUUGAGAACCUGCAACAACACGAAAGCAAAGAAAUAAACGAGAAGGCCUUGAACAUUGUGGAGACAUACUGGGGUGUAUAGGAUAAUGAGAAGACACAAGUACAACCUCUAAGUUGAUGGAUCUGGUCUUUUCCUUUUUCUUGGUGACAUUUUGGUCUCUUAAUACAUCACUGGUUCUAUCAAAUGAAAGUAACA